GUAAACCAAUCAAAACUUCUCCCUUGUGGGAAACUUCCUAUGUAAACCAUUAAGUUAUUCUCCUUGACCGGAUACUUCCUGUGUAAACUAUUAAGAUAUUCAGUAAAACACACCGGUCAAACUUUCUUCUGGACAAGAUAUUUCCCAUGGAAACAAUUCAAAAUCAAAAUCCUUGAACAAGAUACUUUGCUCCGGCAGUUCAGGAUAUGUCGCAUGUGAACCGUAAGAGCCAAAAUGGCAGCCCUGACUUCUGCUCCCAAGGGAUUGAGAGAAACAUUGGCUAGUUGAUAAAGGCCCAAUAACCACGGAAAAUAAUUUGUGAACCGCUUUGCAACGGCUAUGUUGCUGUGUCGGUAUAUAAAACGCCGUUAAUUAAAUACUAUAAUUAUUUAUAACAUAUUACAAAAAUCUCUCCUAGUAGCGGUAAUGAUGUAGUGAAUCGCGUGUCCAGUAGCAAAUUUGAUUUUUGUUUACAUGCAGGUAUAUGCGAACCCUGGGACACCGAAAGAUGUCGACAAAAGAAUGGGUCUGUCGUCUGCCCAGAUCAUCUCAAAUGCGAUCUCAACGAUACACGGGUUGAACAGUUUUCAGCUAUACUGCCACUGACAAUUGUACCGAAAAAGGAAUUUACAUAUGCUUGCAUGGUUUUCAACCUUCCAACCGACACUAAUUACCAUUUAGUGGAAGCCAAACCUGAAUUGUACAACAGGAGAGUCGUUCAUCAUAUGACUCUUUAUGCUUGUGACCCUACAUUUAAUAUCCGAGAGUCCGAUAGACCGUUCGAAUGUCCAAAAGUUACCACCGCUCCCUGUCAGGAACUCAUAACUACCUACAACCCAAAAUUUCCUCUCACGUGCCUUCACAAUGAGAUGGGAAUUAAUUGCGGCAAGGACGGCAUUAGACAGCUCGUGAUUCAGGUCCUCUGGCAUAACCCCUUGGGAUUGGAUUACCAGGACAGUUCCGGUAUGGUUGUAUACUUUACACCUAAUCUCCGUCCCAACAAUGCCGGAUUCGCCACCAUAGAUUCCACGGUGUUCCAAAUCCCUCCGGGAAUUUCGGCUUAUCCGGUCAUGGGAGGAUGUCCUGGAAAAUGCACGAGCAUGAGCAUUACAAAGGAAGUUUACGUUGCCAUGGGAAUCAGUCUUAUGCACAGAUUAGGAAGAAGACAGAAAGUAGAACUCAUACGAAACAAUACCAUAAUUAACUACUUGACGUCGGUUGACAACUUCGACCCCAACCGUCCAAACAUAGUCAGGCAUUUAAAUCCUAUUAAAGUACUGCCCGGGGAUUCAAUCAGAAUGAUCUGCGAAUAUGACUCCACAAUGAUGACGUCGACAGUCCACAGGGGAUUGUUAGCGGAUGAAGAAAUAUGUCGCGCGCAGCUCCUCUACUACCCGAAGGAGAACUGGACCAAUCCAAGCUGUCUUGGGUACAAGCAUAUUCCGCUGUGUCUGUUCGAGACGGUCGGAGAAGUGAUGGACUGUAACUACCAAGAGUUCCUCGAUAGUCUACAGACAGAAGCCCACUUUAAUACCACCAUAGCUACUUGUAGUCUGUCUAAUGCAUGUUCAGCGGCGUGUUUACAUCUCGUCGCCGAGGAGCGAAAGCACUCUUGUCUCAAGGGGGAGCUUUAUGAGCUCUGGAACUCCAAAUUGAUUGGUCAGCCCGAUCCACGUCUUGAAAAUCUGUAUAAGGCACUCGUCCCGUGCGAAGAAAGGUACAAAGAAAAAGGUCAUCUGGUAUCAAGUCGAGGACGUGUUAGACAAUGAAGCAAGUGGCACGCUCUUGGAAUUGUUAUGUUGCCACGCGCGAUUUUGAAAACUACGAACGCCGGUUUGGCUCAGUCUCGUGGGAAAAUUCUGUUUCGUGUUAUAUCGCGAUACGCAUGCGUAACAUGGCGAGCUUUACGCGUAAUAUAUUUUUUUUAUAUUAUUCUAUAUCACAUCAAAAUAUAUGGUGUUAAUUAUUUCAAUUAUUUGGUUAUUGUUUUCAGUUUUAAUGGCAUUCAGUGAACCGUCUGUCGUUUCGUUUACAUGGAUAUAUAUCAAUUGGAAGACACUGCCAGCGAAAUGGACAAAAAUGUGAGAUAAAACAAUUCAUCAUUGUUACCAAAUUUCAUCUGACAUCAAGGUUUUCGUUAACUGUAUAUAGAAGUGUCGAACAGAUUUAUCUUUUGCUCAUCAUUUGAUCUUUACAAAAAGUAAUUUAUAAAAGAAAACUUGUUCUUUUAUAUGCGUUAUAACUAUGCGUGUAUGUGUACGUGGGUAUAUUAACAGCCAUUAAUGAUGGUGGAUAGUACACAUAGAAGUUAUGAAGGAAUUGUACACAAGUAAAGUGAGUAUUAUGAUGUAACCAGAGGAUGGCUGAUCAUUUUGUUAAUCAUGUAAAUGAUAUCAAAUGAAAAAUACAGACAACC